UCAACCUUUUAACGCUUUCAAGCUCUAUAGCGAAAUAUCUUCUCUUCAAGUGAAAUUCUGCAAUAAAAUAGUUUCCCAAAAGUGAAGAACAGCAAAAUAACUUCUCCCGUUUGAAAGCCCUCUCGAGUCUUCUCUCUCCUCGUUUUCUUAUCCUAAAUCAGAUACCCGUCUGCUCCUGGUUCGCUCCCCUCAUAAUUUGGAAGCGCUAAGUCUGGAUUAUUAUGUGUUUCGCCCCUGCAUCGCGGGUCAGAUCGGCUCCUGCCUAGGCCAUGUCGUCGUCCUCUGUGAUGGCGGCAUCGGGUCGUAAGAUCUGCUUCAACGUUCAAUGCAAGAAGAUGCUAACGGACCAAACUCGCCGGAAAGGAUGGAAGCUGCGGUCCGGCGAGCAUUCCGAUCUCUGUGAGCGUUGCUAUUCUAGCUUUGACAAUGGGAACUUCUGUGAGACUUUCCACUCAGAUGCUGCUGGUUGGAGGAAAUGCGAGUCUUGUGGCAAGAGGAUUCAUUGUGGCUGCAUUGUUUCGAUUCCUGUUUAUAUGCUUCUAGAUGUUGGGGGAGUUGAGUGCAUGACCUGCGUAAGGAAUACUUAUUCAACUGUACCGAAUCAUAUUAGGUCACCUCCAAUGGUUCUUUCUCCUCAACUGCUUGAGAGAUCAAAAGAAUUCUCUGUUAAAAGCUGGAACCAAGUCUCUGGUUCAUUUCCAGGACAAUGGAGACAUCCCGCGAACAUAUGGAAUUCAUCAAGCAUUCAAUCUGACUUGCACCAACGACUGUCAUAUGAAUUUGAUAGACCUAAUACUGAUAGAUUGAUGGCUGGUGCUCGUUCUUCUUUUUCUCCACAUGAAAAAAAGACUGUAGACAUUCCUGAAAGAAUUGCAUCUGAUGGUCUAAACGAUGUCGCCCGAGAUAUGAACGGUGUUAAAUUUGAGACGCAUCAAAUUUCACCUGGAAAUCCAUCAGCAAAUUUAAAAGGGGACUCAACAUCCUUACUAAUGGGAUUGCCUGCUCCUUUCUCAUUUAUUAAUGGAACAAGUGGUCCAACCCAAGUCUCAACAACUGAACCACAACGACAAGCUGCUUCUUCCACAUUGUCGAAACAUUGUUAUCCCAAUUCUCUGAACAGUAUUGACUCCACUUGUGAAUCACCAGCUCAUAUACGCAAUGGAAGAGGGCGUUUUGAUCUUAGGGCACGAUCUCAUUUACUUCCACGUUAUUGGCCUAGGAUAACAGAUCAAGAACUCCAACAGAUAUCUGGAGAUUCAAAUUCAGUCAUAACUCCUUUGUUUGAAAAAAUGCUGAGUGCUAGUGAUACAGGCCGUAUUGGACGUCUUGUGCUGCCAAAAAAAUGUGCUGAGGCAUACUUUCCUCCGAUUUCUCAGCCAGAAGGUCUUCCUCUAAAAAUGCAAGAUGCAAGUGGCAAGGAAUGGGUAUUUCAAUUUCGUUUCUGGCCUAAUAACAACAGCAGGAUGUAUGUCCUAGAAGGGGUCACGCCUUGCAUUCAAUCAAUGCAAUUACAAGCGGGAGACACAGUAUCAUUUAGCCGGAUUGAUCCAGAAGGAAAAUUAGUCAUGGGCUUCAGAAAGGCUGCAAACUUAUCUAAUAAUGAGCAGGAAAUUCAAGCAGUUAAAGAUGGAAAUGAUGGUUCUAUACCUUCAGAUUUUAAACACACUCCUGUUGAUUGCCUUGCAAUUGUUCCACUUCGACGUCACAAAGGAAGCACAGAUUCAAUAAAUCAAACAAAUGCAACAGAUAAAUCGGGCUUGUCCAAGAUUGACAAGACUGGAUUUAUACAGAAGGAUGGCUGUGCGUCCAUGUUUCACGGUGCUCUUUGCAGAAAGAAAGGGAGCUUUCUUAGUUCAAAGAGUAAGCGCCUAAGGAUUGAAAGUGAGGAAUCAAUAGAGUUGAAGUUAACAUGGGAGGAGGCUCAAAUUCUACUCCGCCCUGCUUCUAAUGAAGCAGCCAGUGUUUUCAGUUUUGAAGGCCAUGACUUUGAUGAAUAUGAGGAAGCGCCAGUGCUUGGCUUGCCCAUGUAUUUCGCCAAAAAUCAUGAAGGGAGUAUUAAUAGCAGAUGGGCACAGUGUGAAGAUUGUUGGAAGUGGCGCAGGUUACCAUUAGACUCUCUUCUGAAUCAUAGAUGGACAUGCUCUGAUAACAAGUGGGAUCCUGAAAGAAUGGGUGAAUGGAUAAAUCUUUGGUGCGCCUGGAUCUUCGUACAGCAAGGAUUUAAUAAGUGGAACAUACUCUUAAUAAAAAAGAAUGCAACUUGAUGAUUGGGGAGGAGAUCAGAAAGUAGAAAAUGUAUCAGGUUUAAGCCUCACACCAUUAACUCUCAACUGAUAACCCAUCAUAAUAGCCUGUCAUCGGUGUACUUUAUGAAACGGCGACACUAUAGUUUGAAUUAACUAAUACCUUUCUUAGAACAAAAAUAAAAAUUAGACUCAGAUUUGGCUAUGAGGAUCCUCUCGUUCGCUUGUUCUCAUAUUAUUUUUUAUUCUCAAUGUUGUAGAGCUUAUUAGUGAUCAAUCGCCGCCCUUUUUUUACCGAAUUUCGUUGGAAAUUUUAUUCUACACAAAAAGAUUAUUACAAAAGAUUGGCUAUUAAUUCUACUGAAAACGCCACACCCAACCGAAAAAGUAAUACAACUUAAGAAGUGAAAAACAGAAGAAAUGUUAGCCAUUUACAACUCACGCAAAAUAUAUUAAAAAUGAUCGCCAUCCAUUGUUUUUAAAGCUAUUAAUAGAGGAAAUUUAACACUGUUGGUAGAGGUGUUAGAUUUCCUUCAAAAGAAUGAAACUUAUGGUUUGGUUUGACUACUUGGAAGACAUGAAUUGUUGUCUACAAAGGAAUCUUCUAGCACAAUGAAACAACUCAAGUUGAAUUCCAUAUUUUAGACAAAAAACAUGAUUUUUUGCG